UUUGAUAGUUACUCGUUUUUUUUUUUCCCUCCUAAACAGAUUCAGGGAAGGUGAGGCUUUAAAAUUCUGGUUAGAAAUAUUAGGUAUUAAUUGUUUCCCAGUUGUCAUGUUUUCUCAAGAGGCCUUUCCAUCUUUUUGCUUUCUCUCCCAGAAUGUGCCUAUCCAUUGUUGGAAGGGGACCAGCCCUUAAAGAUUCAUUUAUGUGAAAUGCUUUGCAUUUACAUUGGGGAUUGUUUUGAGUUUCUGAAGAAUCACAUAAAUAAUCACAUUUGGCCAGCAAAGACAAAUUUACCAAAUAUCUGACUGGGGAGGGGAGUGGAUAAUAUGUGGAAAUGGACAAAGAAAAACUUUAUUUGAAACAAAUUAAUCCACUGGGAAAUUUUCCAAUGAUGAUAAGCUGUCUCAGUUCUAAGAAAAGCCAUGUCACCAUUCAUCCUUUAACUGGAGUCUUGAAUGAAACUGUUCAUUUACUUUGGAUUCUUCCUACUUUAUGCUUUUCAGAUAGCAUAUUAAAAUGAUAAAUUUUGAAAUGUCUUGGAGAAAAAGUCUAAAUCUCCAGGCCAAUGUCUGCAAAUAGAAGUCCCUGGCACUCCUGCAGCAGUUUACGAUGAUCAUUCACGUGCAUGAUGAAUGCUCACAGCAGCCCAAGGACGCAGGUGUUAUCCCCAUUUCUCCCCGUUUUUCAGACAAGCAGUGGCCAAGAUUUGUUCACUGCCAGAGCCGGGACUGCAGCCUAGAACUUACCUGCCUUCUACGUUCAGUGUUUUUUGCUACUGUAGCUGCCAGAGAUGUCAUUUCAUAGCUGGUUAUGCAUUGAAAGUUCUUAAAAGUAAGUUAAAAAUGAAAGUCUUAUUAAAAUCAAGUGCUUUUCACAAAAUAUGCUGUACUUAAAACACUCACAAAUGUAUUCCCAGCUUGUGUUUUCAUCUGUGACAGAGAGAUAAGAAGCCAUGUAUUUAAUGUGGGUUAGAAAAGCUGAUGACCCUCUGAUAAUUGCCAUUUGGUCUCUACCUUUUGCCUUGCUGUUAGUGGUACCCUUCAUCUCCUUUCUGUGAUAUCCCCUUCCAAAUGCUCUUCCCACUGACCACCCCCUACAUUAUCAAGUUUUCAGAUAAAGAAGUAGCUCCUAUCUGAGGUAGAAAACAGGCUAUUUACUAAGUUUAGAACAGUGGCUUGGGAGGGGACUGGCCACUCCCAGUGGCUUCUAUUAUUAGCUGAAGAAUCUUCCGUUGUUUUCUCACCAUUACAUCAGAGAUUUAAUAUGGUUAGUAGGUUAUUGGCUUGAUUUCUGAUUCCGCCAUAUUUUUUUUCUUUCAUUAAAAAUGCUAUCUUUGUUGUGGAAUGUCUGUCAUCUUGAAAUAGUCAACAAAAAUAUUUGUGUUUUCUGCUGUUAACCGUGUGUUGGCAAUUUGAGAGAAAAUACUAGAACGUAAACUGAAAAUUAUAAAUUAGACUUCAGUGCAAGGAAUACGUAAGCAGAUUUGUGGCAGGAAAGGCUUGUGAGUAAUUUACUUGUCAGGCUGGGUUAGGCAUCUGUGGAUUAAAUCAAAGAGGAUGUGCAGAGAUUUUAUUGAGAGCAGUGAGGUGACUUUGGCAGCUAAUAGGCCACUAGUAUCUUCCACUAAAGCUUUUGUCUGGAUAGGAGCAACAUUGCAUGUUUGCAGUCUUGCAGACCUGCUUCCUAGUCCUGAAUUCCUUUUGGAAGCUCCAGCAGGGAGGAUGAUACAGUCAGAUAAAGGAGCAGAUCCACCAGACAAGAAGGACAUGAAGCUUUCUGCCGCAACCAAUCCGCAGAAUGGCCUCUCCCAGAUCCUGAGGCUUGUGCUGCAAGAGCUGAGUCUGUUCUACAGCCGGGAUGUGAAUGGAGUAUGUCUCUUGUACGAUCUCCUCCACUCGCCGUGGCUGCAGGCUCUGCUAAAGAUUUAUGACUGCCUUCAGGAAUUUAAAGAAAAGAAACUAGCUCCUGCCACACCCCAUGCACAGGCGUUAUCCUAUGAGGUAGUGGAGUUGUUACGUGAAACUCCUACUUCCCCUGAGAUCCAAGAGCUGAGACAAACACUCCAGGCUCCACACUUUAAGGCCUUGCUCAGUGCCCAUGACACGAUAGCUCAGAAAGAUUUUGAACCCCUUCUCCCUCCACUGCCAGACAAUAUCCCUGAGAGUGAGGAAGCAAUGAGGAUUGUUUGUUUGGUAAAAAACCAACAGCCCCUGGGAGCCACCAUCAAGCGCCAUGAGAUGACAGGAGACAUCUUGGUGGCCAGGGUCAUCCAUGGUGGGCUGGCAGAGAGGAGUGGGUUGCUUUAUGCUGGAGACAAACUGGUAGAAGUGAACGGAAUUUCAGUUGAGGGACUGGACCCUGAACAAGUGAUCCAUAUUCUGGCCAUGUCUCGAGGCACCAUCAUGUUCAAGGUGGUUCCAGUCUCUGACCCUCCUGUGAAUAGCCAGAAGAUGGUGUACGUUCGUGCCAUGACUGAGUACUGGCCCCAGGAAGAUCCCGACAUCCCCUGCAUGGACGCUGGAUUGCCUUUCCAGAAGGGGGACAUCCUCCAGAUUGUGGACCAGAAUGAUGCCCUCUGGUGGCAGGCCCGAAAAAUCUCAGACCCUGCCACCUGUGCUGGGCUUGUCCCUUCUAACCACCUUCUGAAGAGGAAGCAACGGGAAUUCUGGUGGUCUCAGCCAUACCAGCCUCACACCUGCCUCAAAUCAACCCUAUCAAUUUCUAUGGAAGAAGAAGAUGACAUGAAGAUUGACGAGAAAUGUGUGGAAGCAGAUGAAGAAACAUUUGAAUCUGAGGAACUUUCAGAAGACAAGGAAGAAUUUGUUGGCUAUGGUCAGAAGUUCUUUAUAGCUGGCUUCCGCCGCAGCAUGCGCCUUUGUCGCAGGAAGUCUCACCUCAGCCCCCUGCAUGCCAGUGUGUGCUGCAAUGGCAGCUGCUACAGUGCAGUGGGUGCCCCUUACGAGGAGGUGGUGAAGUACCAGCGACGCCCUUCAGACAAGUACCGCCUCAUAGUGCUCGUGGGACCCUCUGGUGUUGGAGUAAAUGAGCUCAGAAGACAACUUAUUGAAUUUAAUCCCAGCCAUUUUCAAAGUGCUGUGCCACACACUACUCGUACUAAAAAGAGUUAUGAAAUGAAUGGGCGUGAGUAUCACUAUGUGUCCAAGGAAACAUUUGAAAGCCUCAUAUAUAGUCACAGGAUGCUGGAACAUGGUGAGUACAAAGGCCACCUGUAUGGCACUAGUGUGGAUGCCGUUCAAACAGUUCUUGAUGAAGGAAAGGUCUGUGUCAUGGACUUAGAGCCCCAGGAUAUUCAAGUGGCUCGAACCCAUGAACUGAAGCCCUAUAUCAUAUUUAUAAAGCCAUCUAAUAUGAGGUGUAUGAAACAAUCUCGGAAAAAUGCCAAGAUUAUUACUGACUACUUUGUGGACAUGAAGUUCAAGGACGAAGACCUACAAGAGAUGGAAAAUUUAGCCCAAAGAAUGGAAACUCAGUUUGGUCAAUUUUUUGAUCAUGUGAUUGUGAAUGACAGCUUGCAAGAUGCAUGUGCCCAGUUGUUGUCUGCCAUACAGAAGGCUCAGGAGGAGCCUCAGUGGGUACCAGCAACGUGGAUUUCCUCAGAUACUGAGUCUUAAUGAGACUUCUCGUUGAAUGCUGGAGUUUUAACACUGUACCGUUGUCACCGCCAUCUCCAGCUGCAAUCUAAAACGGCAGUAUUUGACCCAUUAUAAUGUGUACAACUUUAAAAGUGAAGCAGUUUAUUAACCUUAUUUGAAAAAAAAUUUAUUGUAUGGUUAUGUAGUUACCUAUUUGGCUAUUAAUUUUUUUCCUUUACCUCAUAUGAAGCUGUGGUAGAAAUACGAAUAAUGUUAAGACACUGAGUAUGAGACUUUUGCAGAUUUCACAUGAUCUUUUAAGAUUCAAAUAAAGAGCUUUCCUAAAAUAAGCAAUAUUUAAUUUUA